AUGUCGGUUGGGAACGCCCCCCCAGUGAUGAAGGUAGCGGGGUUCGGUAGAAGCGGCGGCGCUGGUAUGGAAAACUCAUUGCAGCCGCAGCAGCGCUGUUUCCUCCAGCAGCCGCGCAUCCAGCACUGCGCACCGGAGGAGGAGGAGGAGGAGGAGCGCUCAGCCGGGCGCAGACAGCCCCGCCAGCCCCGCUGCACCUGCCGCGCACAGAACACGCUCGUUUGUCACCGGACGUCGUCUCCAACUCCAGCGGACACUUUAGUGACCAGGACGCCGUCUGCGCCGUCCUCGCCGAGGCAGGGCUGCCGGGUCAGUGUGUGCGAGCUCACGCCUUCCAGUCAUGCUAGUUUAUCCAGGCAUCAGCAGCGUCAGCAUCCUGAGCACCGUCCUCCGGGAGCGGAGAGCGAGCCGGGCGCCGCGGCGAUGAGCGGCUGCAGAUAUAACGGCGGCGUGAUGCGGCCGCUGAGCCGCGCUGGAUCGUCGCGCCGGAACCUGCACGAGUUCGACUCGGAGUCGCAGCCACUGCAGCCGGUGUGUUCGGCCGAGCCGAGAGCCGAGAACCGCGCCAGCGCUCCGGUCGCCUACAGCACGGCGGACGGGACCGGCGGCGGGUCGAGCGGAGGAGGCAAGCAGGGCAAAAAGAAGAACCAGAACAUCGGGGAGAAGCUCGGGCACCGGAGGGCCUUGUUCGAGAAGCGCAAACGUCUCAGCGACUACGCGCUCAUCUUCGGCAUGUUCGGCAUCGUGGUCAUGGUCAUAGAGACGGAGCUGUCCUGGGGCGCCUACGGAAAGGAGUCGUUGUAUUCGUUAGCGCUGAAAUGCCUGAUAAGCCUUUCUACCAUCAUCCUCCUGGGUCUGAUCAUCAUCUACCACGCCAGAGAGAUCCAGCUCUUCAUGGUGGACAACGCGGCGGAUGACUGGAGGAUAGCCAUGACCUACGAGCGCAUCUUCUUCAUCUGCCUGGAGAUCCUGGUGUGCGCCAUCCACCCCAUCCCGGGCAAGUACACCUUCACCUGGACGGCGCGCCUGGCCUUCUACUACACGCCGUCCAAGACGGACGCCGACGUGGACAUCAUCCUGUCCAUCCCCAUGUUCCUGCGGCUCUACCUGAUCGCCCGCGUCAUGCUGCUGCACAGCAAGCUGUUCACGGACGCCUCGUCUCGCAGCAUCGGCGCACUCAACAAGAUCAACUUCAACACGCGCUUCGUCAUGAAGACCCUCAUGACCAUCUGCCCCGGCACCGUGCUGCUCGUCUUCACCAUCUCCCUGUGGAUCAUCGCCGCCUGGACUGUCAGGGCGUGUGAAAGGUACCACGAUAACCAGGACGUAACCAGCAACUUCCUAGGAGCCAUGUGGUUGAUCUCAAUCACUUUUCUAACCAUCGGAUACGGGGACAUGGUCCCUAACACGUACUGUGGCAAAGGAGUCUGUCUCCUCACCGGGAUUAUGGGCGCUGGAUGCACCGCUUUGGUGGUGGCCGUGGUGGCAAAAAAACUGGAACUAACCAAAGCCGAAAAACAUGUACAUAACUUUAUGAUGGACACGCAGCUGACGAAAAGAGUGAAGAACACGGCUGCAAACGUUCUCAGGGAGACUUGGCUCAUCUACAAGAACACCAAGCUGGUGAGGAAGAUGGACCACGCCAGAGUCAGGAAGCACCAGAGGAAAUUCCUCCAAGCCAUUCACCAAGCGCGAAAGUAAGUGCCCAGCGCAUCCGGUUACACACCUGCCGUGUGCAUGCGUCUGAAAGC